CCGGCACGCUGCGUACGAUUAAUGCGCGUUUAUUUUACAAUAGUCACCAGUAGUUGCCAGUCAGUGGAGGCGAAAUGAUGUUGAUUUUAUUUCUUUUAUUAGGGAUUUUUGUUUCGGGAGUGCAUAGCAGCGGUUACUACUUUGUCAUAGCCCCAAACGUAUUAAGAUUUGACCAAGAUGAGACAGUUGUUGUAAGUGUUUUCGGAGAAAGAAAUGCAAGUGUUAAGGUUUGGCUAGAGUACAAGGGGAAACAAUUUUCGCCGAAAGAUGUCAUUGUUAAAGACCAAGAAACCCCAUUUUAUACGACUGUUAAAGUCACUGAAGACGAUAUUUUUACCUCCAUGGUUCAGAACAAGCCACGCAAAGUCAAAUUAUUUUCAGAAUGGAACGGAUUGAAGCAAUCAAGGGACAUAAUUCUGAGCUAUCAUACAGGUUACCUGAUCGUACAGACGGACAAACCGAUUUAUACACCUGAACAAAACGUUGAAAUAAGAGCUCUAGCACUUGACGAGUCAUUGAAAGCUGUCAAUGGUUGGCAAGUAGGCAUGGAUAUUAUU